CUCCCAACCUGAAGGGCCGGCCUCGGAAAAAGAAGCUGUCGGUCUCGCAACGCUGCGACUCCCAGAAUACACCAGCAGGCAAGGAGACGUGCAACACAGAGGGCAAGGCCCCUGCCAAGGUGAAGCCUGAGUCCAAGGCAGUGCUGUCCAGGUGGCCUAAAGGAAUCAGUAGAGGCAGCAGCUGCUGUAAGAGGGUCUCCUCUAAAGGAGGAACAGGGGGAGGAGGUGAGGAGUGUCCUCCUGAUGAACAGGCCUUCCUAGUAGCUCUGUAUAAAUACAUGAAGGAGAGGAGGACGCCCAUAGAGAGGAUCCCCUACCUGGGCUUCAAACAGAUAAACCUUUGGAACAUGUUUCAAGCAGCAGAGACCCUUGGAGGAUAUGAUCUGACCUUUUCUCCGUCUAAAUCAUGGUACCUCACCACCCAGCAGGAGGUCCCCAAGACCAAGGUUCCCACGGUGACGCAGUGCCCCAAAGAGGAGCAACACCCACAAAACCCCCAACCCCCAGGACUGAACAGGACCCCUGUGCUAAAGGCCUGGAACUCUCACCAUUCCCACCCUCAGGACCUGUUUAGUUCCAAAACUGGCUCCAGAGGACACCAGGACAGAGCACAGCUCCCUGGACAGGACCACUCCUGUUACAGAUACUCUACUGAUACUCAGGAGCACCAGGCAGAGCCCAUCCUGGACCUGGCAUCAACCAUCCAGGCACCUACACCAAGGAGCAGAGCCCAUCCUGGACCUGGCAUCAACCAUCCAGGCACCAACCCUGGCACCAACCAUCCAGGCACCAACCAUCCAGGCACCAACCAUCCAGGCACCAACCCUGGCACCAACCAUCCAGGCAUCAACCAUCCAGGCACCAACCAUCCAGGCACCAACCAUCCAGGCACCAACCCUGGCACCAACCAUCCAGGCACCAACCCUGGCAUCAACCAUCCAGGCACCAACCAUCCAGGCACCAACCAUCCAGGCACCAACCCUGGCACCAACCCUGGCACCAACCAUCCAGGCAUCAACCAUCCAGGCACCAACCAUCCAGGCACCAACCAUCCUGGCACCAACCAUCCUGGCACCAACCAUCCAGGCACCAACCAUCCUGGCACCAACCCUGGCACCAACUCUGGCACCAUGUCUGAUCUAGCCAAGAAGAAGCUGCUCUCUCAGCAUGCCCAGAGCUUCAAGCCGCUGUUCUGCGAGACAGGGGAGAGGAGGGAGAGGGAGGGCCUGAACAGGAACAUGUGUAAAACAGGGGAACCCUACUCUCCCUGUGACCUGACCCAGCCCAACCCUAACUCUCCCUGUGACCUGACCCAGCACCAUCCUAACUCUCCCUGUGACCUGACCCAGCCCCAUCCUAACUCUCCCUGUGACCUGACCCAGCCCCAUCCUAACUCUCCCUGUGACCUGACCCAGCACCAUCCUAACUCUCCCUGUGACCUGACCCAGCACCAUCCUAACUUUCCCUGUGACCUUUACCUACGGAGUCCUGAGACGCCCCAACCUGGCCACAUUACCAGAUUCCUGCCUGACUUCUCCCACCCCCUCCACCCCCAGAACCUCCACAGUUUGUACAACCAUACAGAGACACACGUCAGCCAGUUCAUCAGCAGCAGGGAGAGGGAGACCGCCUUACCCAGGGAUUGUGAGGCCGCGCCUGGCCCGGGAGGGCCGCGGUUCCCCUCCUCUAAACACCCCGACACAAUGGGUCUGGGGGGCUACUGUGAUACUGGAAGGUUCUGUAGAGUCCCCCCCAUGACCAUGUCCUCCAGCCCCAGACACCCUGCAGACCCCCAGCCUAACCCCAGGGGGAAGACCCUGAAUGGCCAGAGAGGAGGAUGGGAGGACCAGGGGCUGGGACACAAGAUGGAGGAGCUAAACAGACCAAGAAUACGUCUAGGCACCAAGAAUACGUCCAGACCCCAGAACAACGUGUGCACGGCGCGCCCACUGAAGAGGAGUCUGGAGGAGCGGGAGAACGGGCCCCCAGAGAGGAAGAUCAGAGCUGUCAGUCCCAUGCACUCCUCCUCUUCCUCCUCAUCCUGUACAAGCAGGGACAGAGACAGGGAGGGCCACUCGGAGUGGAAGGUCAGGACCCCAGCACUGGAGGGGGUGGUACCAGCCGACCCCCAGCCAGCCCCGGCCCACAGCCUCCACCUACACAUCAACUCCUUCGUGGAAGGACACAAGUUCCCCUUCCACUCCUCCCCCCUGUUCCCCGGGGGCCUCUACCCAGAGGCCUUCAUCUCUCAGAUCCAGGAUAUGUGUGAGGGCCUGGGCCCCCACAGGCCCCUGGGGUACCAUCCCCUACAGUACCUGAAGAACCAGGCCGGCCUCUCUCCUCUGGUCCCGCCCUUCGCUUUCCACUCCUUCAUGAUGCAAAGACAGGCUCACAGCCCCGCCCACAUGUACCGGCACCCUAUGGGAGCCUCGUAUGGGGAACUGUUGCAUCAUGGUCUACACCCCAUGUCUUCCAUGUCUGCCCUCAACACACAGCAACACCCAGACAUCAGCCCCUCACAGCUCUCCUCUGUCAAACCAAACACCAAACUAUCAUAACCCUAACCCUCCCUUCAGAGCCUCACAGCUCUCCUCUGUCAAACCAAACACCAAACUAUCAUAACCCUAACCCUCCCUUCAGAGCCUCACAGCUCUCC